UCUAGCCUGAUUAACUGUCACUGCCUAUCCUCUUGUGCCACUGGCUCAGUCCUCAGCCAUCAAAUCAUCAGAAUAAGCUCAACACAAAAGUUAAGUUGCACUCAACAUAGGAAAUAACGUUCUGUACUGCUCAAUGGUGUGAGGUGUGAUUUUUUAAGCUAUUGCACUCGAUCAAACAAAAUGUGCAGGUAUUUCAUCUAUAUUUUUGGUGCAAUUUUGGUCAAUGGUGUUCCAAUUCCUAGAGACAACAGAAACCUGGUGGAGCAGGACGUGGUAGAACUGGUGGAGAUGGUUCCCUUCGAGAAGGUGAUGGCGAUCGCUAUAGAGUACGCCAUCCAAGACCAGCAGGUCAAGUCCCUCUUGGGCUACCUCUCUGGGUCCAAGUUCAAGGAGAACGUUGCCGCCAUCGAAGCUAGUCCGCAGUUCUCUGAUUUGGCAUACAUGGCUGAGUUGUACAACAUCGACGCCUACUCCUUGGCUAAUAAGGUGAACCACGUUCUGGACAUUCCAUUUGUUCAACCUGAUGUAAAAAGGUGGCCACGGUCUCCAGGAGAUGGAGUGGUGGCCCUUGUGAAGGACGCCAUGGAAAAUGUACCUUUGGCUGAGAUUAAGGAGGCAUACAAGUACAAGAUAGACAGCAAUCCUCAGUUCAAGAGUCUGAUGGAAAGAAUACUGUCAGGAGAAGCAAAACCAUACCUGGAGCCCGUUCUGGAAUCACUGCCUUUCCGGGAAACGAAGAGAGAUCUGGAAGAGCUUGGGUUACCCCUAGCUGAGAUACACGAGUUCCUCGAGCGAAUAUUGACUGAUUUCUUCGACCUGUCCAUCGUCUCCGCUGAUCACGAUUGUGGAUAUCUUCGCCCUCGAGGCAGCUCCACCUAACCAACAACUAUUUAUUACCUUCAAUUAACAAUUACACUACCUCUAUUAUUGUAAGCUGAAUUGGUUAAAUAAAUCACACAAUUUACCUAAGCAUACUCCAUCC